UUGCAACAGAGGAGGUUAAAUCUUUUUGUUUGCUGAUGUAAACAAUGAGCCCACCAUUAAGAGCUCUGCAGCAACUGUUUGGGAUUGUUUUCUAUCUCCCCUUUCCCCAUCCUUCAGAGUCCUAAUACCUGAUGUGCAGAAACUUGUGGAUCAGAGCAUGCCAAGGGAGAGGAGAAGCCACAGACAGGUCUCAGGAGGUUAUGUCUACACCGAAUACCAUCCAAUGGAAGAGAUUUAUCAAUGGAUGACUCAGAUCCAGAAGAACAACAGUGAACUGGUGACUCAGCACAUCCUGGGGAAGACAUUUGAGAAUCGAACAAUGUAUUACCUACAGAUCAGCCAACCAUCAAAUAAAACCAAAAAGAUAAUUUGGAUGGAUUGUGGGAUUCAUGCCAGAGAAUGGAUCUCUCCAGCCUUCUGUCAGUGGUUUGUGAAAGAAAUUCUUCAAAAUUACAAAACUGACCCAAAGAUAAGCAGAUUUCUGCAGAAUUUGGACCUUUAUGUCUUGCCAGUCCUUAAUAUUGAUGGCUACAUCUAUUCCUGGGAAGAAGAUCGUUUGUGGAGGAAAAGCCGUUCUCCAUUUGAGAAUGGCACCUGCUAUGGCACAGAUCUGAACCGAAACUUCAAUUCAUCCUGGGGCAGUGUUGGUGUAUCCUUUAACUGCAGCAGUGAUGUCUUCUGUGGAUCUGGACCAGAAUCAGAGCCUGAGACAAGAGCUGUGGCUCAGUUUAUCCAAAGCAAGAAGAGUGACGUUUUGUGCUAUUUAACAAUUCAUUCCUAUGGACAGCUCAUCCUCACCCCAUAUGGUUUCACAACUAAACCUCCAAGUAACAAUGAAGAACUGAUGCAAGUUGCAAAGGAAGCAGCUGCUGCAUUGACAGGAAAGUAUGGGACCAGCUACAGAGUAGGAUCAACUGCUUUAAUUUUAUACAGUAACUCAGGCUCCUCACGGGACUGGGCCCACACAAUUGGCAUUCCACUCUCCUACACAUUUGAACUGCGAGACACGGGCACUCAUGGAUUUGUUCUCCCCGCUAACCAAAUCCAGCCCACGUGUGAGGAGACUAUGCUGGCUGUAACAACAAUCAUAGACUAUGUUGAUAAGAAGUACUUCCCAAAUGGACAUGUGGUGCUGACCUCCAGCAGCUUGGGCCUGAGCCUUUGUCUGAGUAUUGUACUUACAUGGCUUGUUUCUUAAAAACAGCUUAGAGAACGCAGCAAGAGACUCACAUGAAAAUAUAAUGCCCCCUCAAAAAUAAAAAGUUACAUCAGCAAAGAAAUUUAAUGUCAAGUAUUUCAAUAAAGGUUCAUUCCAUAAAAUAAAA